CGGGCAAGCUCCAACCAUAACCGGGCGAAUGCGAAGCCACCUUCAGCCUCAUGGGGAAACGUAGCCGCUAGCGUUUUAUUUAUCCAGCUAAAAUACCUCCAGUUAUGUUUAAGGAACGUUGAAAGGUUUGGAGGAUGAGCAAGAGCCGUGGCACGAAGAAAAAGUUGCCCCCAGACAAGGCGGAGACCACAGAGAUUUUUGACCAGGUGGUUGUGGAAGAGGUCAAGCAGCUCUUCAGCAAAGUGAGAACGUAUAGUCCUCCACCUGGAGCAGAAUGGACCCUGCCUGAUCCCAGUGUGGUGCUACGUGACAAACCGUUGUGUCAUCCACGCCUACAGGUGCUGAAGCAAUCCCUAAACGAGGUAAAGAAUCAGCUCAGUGAUAAAGAUUUGGCCGUGUGGCACCAGCACACCUGUUCCACCAAUCGAGCUGGCACCGUUACGGCCCACCUCCGAACCGUUGCCAAUGCAGAACUUUGCACUCAGGCUUGGGCAAAAUUCUACGAAGUGCUGGGCACCUUCGACUUGCUUCCGGACACGGCGCUGCAGAUCGGCGAGUUGAACUCCAUCCACUUGUGCGAGGCUCCUGGAGCGUUUGUCUCAGCCCUGAAUCACUUCCUCCAGACCAGUGGGCUGCACUGUGACUGGACCUGGGUUGCCAACACGCUGAAUCCAUAUAAUGAAGCCAACGGGAGGAGCUGCACUAUUGCAGACGACAGACUCAUUGCCCACACCCUGCCUUGGUGGUUUUUCGGCUCUGACGACACGGGUGACAUCAUGUUGCAGAAACAUCUGCUGGAGUUGCAAGGGUUUGUUAGCAAUAUGCGCAACGUGGACUUGGUCACUGCGGACGGCAGCUUUGAUUGUCAGGGUGAUCCAGGCGAGCAGGAGAGUUUGGUGGCCCCGUUACAGUAUUGUGAAACUGUUUGUGCUCUACUGUUGUUGGGACCUGGAGGCUCAUUUGUCUUGAAGAUGUUUACACUGUUUGAGCAUUCAUCUGUUUGUCUCCUCUACCUUCUGGCCUGCUGCUUUUGCUCUGUGCACAUUUUCAAACCUGCCACUAGCAAGUCUGGAAAUUCUGAGGUCUACAUUGUGUGUUUGGGCUACAAGGUUAAAGAAGUUGUGCGUCCUCUGCUAUCAAAGCUGAUCCGUAACUACGGUCCAGACAUGGCGUCCACGGCAGCUCUGUUUCCAAACAGCUGCAUUCCGGAUUCUUUUCUCAGGCAGCACGUGGAGAUCUGCACAUUUUUCCACUCGCUGCAGGUCAACACCAUUCAAGAGAACCUGCAGCUCUUUGCCAGCAUGAGUGCUGAGCAGCGCGGGUGCCUGGACCAGCUCAGGGAUUGUGCUGCACGUUUCUACGUCCAGCAAUUUCAGGUGCAGUUCCUUCCAAGGAAACGCUGGGUGUGCCGAGGUGGCGCGAUGAACUGGGGAAAGCCAUGCCAGAGGAAGCAGAUGGGGUCUUUCAAUCAGCGUAAGGAGAUGCAGUUCCUGCAGUGGAAGCAGCGCCUCGCCCAAGGACCCUACUGGACGUGGGUAGAGGAACAUUGCGGAGGCACUGAAGGUCAUGAGUUUGUCUUAAAUGGCCCGUUAAUUGAGAGCGAUUUAGAUGCUUGGUUUAUACGUGUGGGAGCUGCUCUUCCAAAAGUGUGUAGCUCCACUUUCUGUGAGCAGGACUUGUUGGAUCUUCUCAGUGAAGCUCUAGAAGAGCGUGCUGUUAGCUCAGAUGGACCAACGUUGGCCAAAACUACACCAGCAUGCAGCUCCUGCAGUUUUCAGUCUCCUGCAUCCAUAGUAACUGAGGUCUGCAACCUUCCAUAUGUUACUUCUUGUUUGGUGGUGGGAAACCCUUCCUGGCAGAAGAUGGCUUUUUCAGGGAACAUUCUUCAGCCACAGUUUUGUCCAGGACCUUGCUACCCAGAGCUGUUUGUAUCCACUCUAUAUGAUGGACAUGCAGAUCUACAGCGGAUGCUCCUGAGCAGUGUGCUUUCAGCUUUGCGUGGCCUUGGUGAAGGAUCAGCGUUGGUGGUUCCAUUGUACUCCGCUUUGACCCGUUUCACGGCGUCUUUGAUCCUCACUCUUCACCUGUGCUUCCACUCCAUUAGCUUCCGCUGCCCGUCUGCUGGACCUCCUGCAGUGCUUCUGUGUGCUGGUUUCUCCAACUUCCCCAGGGCUAUCACCGUCCUCCAAGAGGUUUUGGAUGAAAUGACAAGGCUAGAGCAGGGCAGGCAGCUUCUGCAGUUUGCACCAAUAGAGGAGCUGACUAGAGGAGCACUGCCUCACUUUCUGUCCAGCCUCAAUAACACCAUCAUGAGGCAGCAGCUCCAUAUACUAAUGCAAAAUGAGCAGAGCAGAUAGCAUCGUCCGUCUGAGCCACUAGUGGUCAGUACCAUUUUAUUGAAGGGCUACACAGUAUAAUUUUUUUUUAUUUUGCGUAAUUAAAUAGCCAAGAUGUGAACAGAGGCAUUCAGAGUGGUUUUGUAUGUAAACACAUACUGUUAUAGCACUAAGUAGUGUGUACUUUGUAGAACUCUAUUUUAAAACAGAAUACAUAAGAGUAACAUUUUUUAUUUAAAAAAAAAUAUAUAGAAGUUAUUCACUUGACUGACACUAACAUUGGUUAUGAAUUCACUGCCUGAUGUCUGAGACACUGUUUUACGAUAGUUUUGAAAAGUUUUUUUUGGCCUA